CGAUCGUUUGGACUGAAAUGGGCGUGACUUGUGUAAAAUCGGCGUGGCCUACCAUAACACCACCCUCUUUGUCUUCCAUGCUGUCCGCACACGCUGUUUAGCCAGAGCACGGGUACAAGCGCCGCCCUGGAUCUGUACUAUCCUCUCAUAACUCAUAGGGGAUCGGGAAAAGUUUGAAGGAAACAUGGUGAACCAAAGAGCUGACAUAGGUUGGCAGUCCUCUAAGAGCGACUCUAGUGGGGCCAGUAACAGUGGAGAGAGCUCCAAAGAGAGCUCCAGGUGCUCGACCCCUGUACUGGACGCCGACCGCACUGACCGGCUGCGGGACAAGAUGAAACGGCGGAUCGAGUCUGGGGACCACUGGUUCUCUCUAGAGUUCUUCCCACCUCGUACAACAUCUGGAGCAGUCAAUCUUAUCUCUAGAUUUGACCGGAUGGGUUCGGGAGGUCCUCUCUUCAUUGACAUCACUUGGCAUCCCGCUGGAGAUCCAGGCUCAGAUAAAGAAACAUCUUCCAUGAUGAUAGCAAGCACAGCAGUCAAUUAUUGCGGCCUGGAGAGUGUCCUGCAUUUGACAUGCUGCAAUCAGACGAAGGAGAAAAUAACAGCCCAUUUAAAUAAAGCCAAGCGGCUAGGCCUAAAGAAUAUCAUGGCCCUGAGAGGAGAUCCUAUUGGGGAAGAUUGGGUGGAGGAAGAUGGAGGUUUCAACUAUGCUACAGACCUGGUCAAGCACAUUCGCUGUGAAUUUGAUGACUAUUUUGAUAUCUGUGUUGCAGGUUACCCCACGGGUCACCCAGAGGCUGAGAGCUAUGAAGAUGACCUCAGGCACCUGAAGGAGAAGGUUGAUGCUGGUGCACACUUCAUCGUCACCCAGCUGUUUUUCAGGGCAGAAACAUUUCUUAAAUUUGUAAAAGACUGUCGGGCCAUUGGCAUCACCUGCCCCAUUCUCCCAGGAAUCUUCCCCAUCCAGGGGUAUCACUCACUCCGUCAGCUGGUCAAACUAUCCAAACUUGAAGUGCCAGAGGAGAUCAAGCAGGUGAUUGAGCCCAUUAAAGAUAACGACGCCGCCAUUCGUAACUAUGGCAUCCAGCAGGCGGUGGAGAUGUGUAAGGUUCUACUGGCCAGUGGAGAGGUCCCGGGCUUGCACUUUUACACGCUCAACAGAGAGGUGGCCACCAUGGAAGUGCUCAGACAGCUGGGCUUAUGGGCAGAGGAUCCACGGCGACCCCUGCCCUGGGCCAUCAGCGCCCAUCCAAAGCGUAAGGAAGAAGAUGUCAGGCCAAUAUUCUGGGCUUCUCGACCCAAAAGCUACAUCUACAGAACACAGGACUGGGAUGAUUUCCCCAACGGAAGAUGGGGUAACUCCUCCUCACCAGCCUUUGGUGAGCUGACAGACUACUACCUAUUCUACUUGAAGAGUAAGUCUCCUAAAGAGGCCCUGCUGCAGAUGUGGGGUGAGGAACUAAUGAGCGAGGAGAGUGUUUAUGAAGUCUUUACCAACUACAUCACGGGGGAAACCAAUCGCAAUGGACACAAGGUCAUGUGUCUGCCAUGGAACGAUGACCCUCUGGCUCCAGAGACCAACCUGCUGAAGGAUGAGUUGGAGAAGGUGAACCGCAGGGGUGUUCUUACCAUUAACUCUCAACCCAACAUUAACGGCAAAGCCUCAUCCGACCCCAUUGUGGGCUGGGGCCCUGCAGGGGGAUACGUCUUUCAAAAGGCAUAUUUGGAGUUUUUCACAUCAAGUGAAAAUGUUACUGCACUUUUGCAAGUGCUGAAGAAAUAUGAACCUCGUGUGAACUACCAUAUAGUCAACGUUCAGGGUAGGAAUAUCACAAAUGCCCCUGACAUGCAGCCCAACGCUGUGACAUGGGGAAUUUUCCCAGGCAGAGAGAUCGUUCAGCCCACCGUGGUGGAUCCAGUCAGCUUUAUGUACUGGAAGGACGAGGCUUUCGCACUGUGGAUUGAACAAUGGGCAAAGCUGUAUGAGGACGAAUCGCCCUCACGCAUGAUCAUUCAGUACAUCCACGACAACUACUUCCUCGUCAAUCUUGUGGACAACGACUUCCCGCUGGACAGCUGCCUGUGGCAAGUGAUUGAAGACAUGUUUGUGCUCCUGGACUCUCCUCAAGUAACUCAGGAUGAGGGAAGUGAAUUGUAGCAUCACAGAACUCAAAAAGUCUGCAUGCGCUGCUAUUUGAUCCAGAGACCUCUCAACGCACACACAGAGUACUUUACUGUAAUGACACAGUAUUUUUAGUCAUUUUCAGCGUUGAAUUUGUCAUCACAGUCAAUAUAUAGGGAAAAUUAUGCCAAAUGUAGCACUACACAAGAUGAUUUGCCUUAAUCUUUAAAUGGACUUGAGUUGGCUGUUUUGAGUGCCAUUUUCUUAUAUUUUUAACCUAGGUUUUUAACUAUUUAUAGAUGGUGUUUUGGAUACUGCAUAUGGUCAAUAUAUGAUUGUAAAAGCAAGGAACUCUUGUAAGUCAGGUCAAAUGUGUGGACACAAAUACAGUAUUUGGCUACUGUAUUUCACUUAUAGGAAAUAGGUGGAUCCUAUGUCAAAAAGGUUAUUUUCCUGCUAAAUUCAAGAGAAAAUAACAAGUAAUUUUUGUUUGAAGGGUUUGUUCACCCAAAAAUUCCAACCAUAAGACUUGUGUUCAUCUUUAAAAUGCAAAUUAAAAUAUUUUUAAUAUUCUCUCAUCAUUUUUGCCCAUCCAUUAAAAGUCCAAGCAACCAAAAUCUUCAAGCUUUCAAGUAAUUCAUAAGGAUCUAGUUGUGUAAUCCAAGACUUCUGAAGAAAUACAAUCACUUCACAUUACAGAUCUGAUCAACACGCAUACACUGAGCACAUCAAAUAUGGUCAACAGAAGCUCAAAUGUGCAUGUUUAAUGCAUGAGAACCAGUGAAGUUUGUUCUCACGUGUCAAGCAAGCACAUUUGAUCUUCAGCAAAACAAUGAGGUUUGUUCUUGUGCAUCAAGCAAGUAUGGCCAUCGACCAGAUGUGCUAUAUGUAUAUGCGUUGAUCAAUGUUUUUAUCUGAAUAAAAGAUAAAUCUGUUCAUCAUAUAAAAGCGAUCAAGCCUCUUCAUAAGACUCAUUAAAAUUUUGAUGUCAAUGUAGAGUACUUUUUAAAGUUUGAAAAUUGUGGUUGCAUAAACAUCCAAUUGAUGGAAAAAAAGUGAUGAGAGUAUAUUAAAAAAAUUGUUGAUAAAUGAAAGUCAUGGGUUUGAAAUGACAUGACAUAAAUGCUGAUCAUUCAUUUUUUGGGUGAACUAUCCCUUUAAAGAUUUAAGAGUUUUUUUUCCAUGACAAUUAAGAACAUUUUCACUCUAGAUACUCAUUACCAUAUUGCAACUGGAUGUUAUACUUUUGAUGUUCAUUACUGUAGUAAAAAAAAAAAAAACUACUACCAUGAUAUAUAAAUAAUUUACAAUUGAAUUUGUAUAGAAUUUUUGCCAUAUUACGGCAAUGAGAAUUGGGAGUGAACAUGUUAAAUUGUACAAAGCUCUGCACAUGACAAGCGGACAAAAAUAUAUAUUAUGCCCAUUAAUUAACAAUUCGUUCCCACGACUUACUAAUGCAUCAGCAUGUUUUACUAAUUCAUUCCCUCAUUUUAAGUAAACUGUCUGCACGCUAUAAUAAUUUGUUUCCUUGUUUUAUUAAAGUUUUUGAAAUGAGGGAACGAAUUAGUACAAUGCGGCCUCAAUUUACUAAAAUGAGAGAACAAGUUAUUAUAUCAGGUGCUCAUUGUAGUAAAACGAGGGAACAAAUUAUAUUGUACGCACAAUUUACUUAAAACGAGGGAACAAAUUAGUAAAUUGUGGCCAUGUUUUACUAAAAUGAGAGAAUGAAUUCUUAAUUCAUGGCCACGAUAUAUAAGGCCUAUAUUUUUGUCUGCAUGUCAUGUGCGGGGAUCCUUAUAAUUGUAAUGAAAAUAAUGGGAAUUUUUUUUUUAAAUAAGACCUGCCUGGAUUUAGAUUAUUUGUGAGAUUCCCUCAUAGUCUUCUACUGUCGUGUGUGAAGUAAUACUAGUGGAGUUAUUGGUUUGUGACAGUAGUGAUCUGUGAAUCACUUUUGAAUCUUUGUUUUCCCUAUUUGGCCUCUUUUUUUUUUUUUAACCAUUUGAGAAGUAUGAUCAUUUCUGUGCUGCCAAAAGAAAACUCAAUAAACUUGUGCUCCUCCCCCUGUG